UCGGGCAAGUGGCAAAGUGUUGGAAGGAUGACACAGACAAUUACGUAGCGGUUAAGGUCAUAAAAAACCAAGAGGCGUAUUUACACCAGGCAAAAAUGGAGAUCAGUGUCCUUAGAAUGCUGAACCAGAACGAUCCUGAAGACAAGCACAAGAUCGUACGGCUUAUAGACAACUUUGUCUUUCAAUAUCAUCUCUGCCUUGUAUUUGAGUUGCUCGACUGCAACUUGUAUGAGGUAAUAAAGAAGAAUGAGUACAAGGGUUUGUCCUUGAGCACAUUGCGGAUAAUGAUAAGCCAGGUUCUUGAUGCGCUCGUUGUGUUACGAGAUGCAAAUGUCAUCCACUGUGACUUGAAACCUGAGAACAUCCUUUUGAAGAGUUUGCAGCCGUUUGAGAUAAAGCUGAUUGACUUUGGAUCAGCAUGUUUGGAGAACCUUACUGUGUAUUCUUACAUUCAGAGCCGCUUCUAUCGUUCACCGGAGGUUGUCCUGGGUCAUCCGUAUACGACAGCCAUAGACAUGUGGUCUCUAGGCUGUGUUGCUGCGGAGCUUUUUCUGGGAAUCCCGUUAUUCCCCGGCGUGUCUGAGUACGACCUGCUGUUCAGGAUGCUGGAGACACUCGACCAGCAGCCUCCGGAUCACAUUCUACGAGCGGCCAAGAAGACCUCAAAGUAUUUCAGAGUGACAAGUUCAGCACCUCCACGAGGAGUUGGCGGUGAGACUCAGUCAAUCUACCAGUUCUUGUCACCAGAUCAGUAUGAGGAGAAGGAGAAGGAAAAACCUGCAAUUGGCAAGAAGUAUUUUUUCGACAAAAAGCUGGAUCGGAUAAUCCUGAAUUAUCCGUUGAGGCAAGGAAAUACCGAGGAGGAUCAGGAAAGAGAGAGGCAGAACCGACGAGCGUUUGUUGAUUUCUUGGAGGGGCUUCUCCACAUGGAUCCGGUGAAACGUUGGUCACCUCGUCAGGCUGUGAACCAUCCGUUUCUGACGGAAGCACCAUUCUACGAACCGUACAGACCACCACAGGAGACUCCGAGGAGGCCUGUAGGUCCAAGCAUCGCCUUUGCACAUAAUCCGACAAGAGGAGGGCAUUGGGCCAAUGCGUGCCUUUCACCGAUGGUCAAUCAUGUUGCGGUCCAUCCGUUCAGCCCAAAUUAUGGAGGCUAUGGACCUGGCAGCCAUGGAAGCUUUGGAAGCUACAGCAGCUAUGGAGAGAACACAGGAAUGGGAAGCAGUUAUGGCAGCUAUGAGGCGAAUAAUAUGUACUUGUUCGCAACUCCGCCGAGCUCUGGAGUGGGGAUGGGUCCAGGAAGCGCAGGCCAACCUUCAACAAGACUCGGAGUAAGCCCGGAACGCAGAUUAUUUGUUCAAGUGCCUGCAAAUGUCUCCGGCACCCUUGGUAUCAGCCCAUCAACUGGUGGUGGAUACAGGACAGUAAUGCCUCUUGGUCCAAGCCCAUCACAGUUCACACCUCCAGGCAGUUUAAGUUUUUCUCCUCAUGGAUCAAGCCCUCAGCAAUUUUCCCCCGUAAGACAGUUUGGGCCGUCAUCUCCCAGGCAAGAUAGAGGGGCUGGUUCCAAUCUUCGUAAGGAUAAAUUUAAAAGGCGUAGUACUCGUGCGAUGGCUGGUCACGGGGGUGUCACUGGAGCUGCAAGUGGGUCAAGUAUGUACGAUCAGGCUUCGGCACAGUGGCCACGAGUACAGCAGCCAAAUGGGAGCACUGUCGAACAGGUUGGAUUCAUGGAUAUCUCUGCCCCAUCAGGUCCAUCAAGUCGAGGAGGGGCCACACAUCUGGGCUCUCCCCUAGGUUCAAGCUCCUCUCAUUCCCUUGCACAGAGAAGAAUGCGGAGCAAUUUCAAUCCGGAGACAGGUUCGUACCCAGGGGCAAGUGUUGGUCAGUCUCAAGGACGCAUGGGGCAUCUUCCAAGCUCUUCAGGUGCUGGAAGUGGGGGAUGUACUGGGUUGACGAUUGUCACUGGAGGAGUAGCUACUGCCACCGCUCUUUCCAUGCCUGGUCUGAGUGGUGGAAGAGUGGUUGGUCCCUCUGGUUUGUCAAAUGCAGGUGCAGGAGAUCCUGGCUCAGACGAUGACACUUCUCCACCCCCUGGGGAUUCUGCUUGCUGGGAUCCAUACUUCAGUGACGGGAAUGAAGCAUGUGUGCAAGAUGAGUGGGGGGCCAAUACACCACAAGGAGCUGCACCGAUCUCAGGUGGAGGGAGGGCAGAUCCUGGCUCACUGCCAGGGAAUGGGGGCAGUGGUCAGGGCUUCAAGCUACCUCCGGCUGCGCUUUCUGCACAAGGGGUGAAAGGAACAAGUUGGGGCAGAACCAAUGGUAGUACGGGAUCGGUUGAGGAGAGCUCCCCAACCAAUCCAAAGCAGUAUGGGACCUCUUCCAAUAUUGGGACAUCUGCUGGUCAUGUCCCUCAUCAAGGCAUGAACAUGUCGCUUCAGCAUGCCGGCGUGACUACAUCAGGACAGCCAUCACAGCAGCAAAUGCCGCCAGCAAGCCAACUACAGCAACAACAGCAGACACCGACCCAGCAUGGAGUUUAUCAGACUUCUAGCAGCCGGUUGAAUCCCCUCUGGCAGCAAACCUCCCAGCAACACCAGUUUGUUCAGCUUCAGGAGCAAGCAGGAGGUUACAUGCAUCCUAACCACCACCAUCAUCAAAGCCAACAGCCUCCACUCUCGCCGCAGGGUCAGGUGUUUUCUGCUUGGAUGAGUACCCUUUCGUCGUCCGAUCGGGUCGACAGCAUGCACAUGCUCUCACCUGUGCACACUCCACGGAAUGUGGUCGGAGGUGGUUUUGGGGGCAACCAGGUAGGUAACCCGGCAAACUAUUCUGCUGGUAUGCCGGUUGGCUCCCCCCAUGGUUCCAGCGGCUUGAGCAUUAUGAAUAGCGGAGUGAAUGGGGCAAUGGAUGGGCCAUCUAAUGGUUAUGCGACACAGGUCUGGAAUGGUUUUGUUGUGUCACAGGUGGAGCCCCCAGGACAUCAGGCAGGAUGGUACGGGGCGAGUGGACAGGAAUAUGGAAUGGCACUUGGCCGCGGGAUGUCGACGGAUAGAGCAGGUGGACCGCGCAUUGGAAGACAUCCCCUGGCUGCCCCGAGUAGUUCUAGAAGAGAGAGGCGGGCUGGGAUGUGAUUUGGAAAAGUGGCCAGUAUGCUCUAGCUGGAUGCUGUACAGCCUGGGUGCUCUUUCACUAAGCCAGUGUGGAGGUGGAAGUAGGGAGGGGAGGGGAGAUGGCGACUUGAGGUUAAAUUAUGAAGUGCGGUGAUGAGAGCUAGGCAUACUGGUAAGCCAUGGAGGCCAAGGCAGGAGCUGGCUAAAGUUCUCCACGGUAGGGGGAGAGAAUACAGACAGGAUAUUCAUUUUCUGCCCCGUCUUCCAUAUCUGCUCUCGUGCUUUCCUUUACUGUCCUGCUUCUUUUCCAAUAUCAAGGUCAUCUCACCCCACAAACUUCCAACCAAUCAAGGCAUUCUAUCUUUUGGAAAAAUGGUGCACAGUGCACACACAUGAAGUGGUUGGCUAGAAGAUAGAAUCUUUUGGAAAAAUUGUCCAGUUUGCUGUGGUUAACAUAAAUAUCCAGGUUGCUGACUGCCAGCCUGAAGACUUGGAUGUCCCUGCGUUUUAUUUCCUUCUGACGGGACUCGGUUGUUUCUGGGGCCAAUCGAGCUACACCAAGGAAGAAUGAAGAUGUCCGCAUGUGGGGCUCACAGGAACAAACGACAAAGGGGAAGGGACGCUUUCACAGUGUGAGAAUUCAGCAGACUCGUGUUACUUAUCCUACGCCUGUACAUGCUGCUGAUGAUUGCCGAGAGCUUUCGAUUGACAUUGGGUUAGUGUGGAAAAUCAGAAGAUGCCAAGAUGGUCGUUUCAAUCUGGGCACGAGCUUAGGAGCAGGUUUGGGAUAUCUUUGGUGAUGCUGGGGCGUGGGGUUGGGGGGCGGGGGCGGGGGCGGGGGGCGGCGGUCAGGUCUUACAGCCUCGAAUGCUGAGGAUGUUGAACAAAUAGGGUUAUGCACGGCAUACUCUGUCAGCUGCAGGUGGUCAUGAAGGGCAACGAACGGUUGAGAAGCCAAAAUGCAAGUAGUUCUGCAGCGUGGGGUGGAUUCUCGGACCACCUUUCUCCAAACUGUCACUGUCAGCCUGCACAAUCGUCGCGAAAUGCACUUUGGAUCCAUGAUACAGACUGUCGUGGGAAGCCCUUUUCGAAUGUCGUGCAACUUCACAUGCGAUCAAUUGUGGGUUGGACAUCCGGCUGAUAUGCAGAUCCUUGGCAUGUUGAAUUCUUUCUGGUCCUGAUGUGGGCCUUGGCAUUCUGGAAGAAGCCUGCAUUGAUUUUGUAUAAUGCAAGUAGGCUCAGGGUUGCUGAAUGUUUCUUCAAUGUCACUCAUUACAUAUGGUGCGAGUUCUCCAGUUCAAUGCAGCAAGGGUAUGUCAAGACAUUGGUGUUUUAACUGUGAGGACACCUUGUAACACUACGGUAUGGAUGCCUGUAAUCAAUAUAAAGGAGCGCGUCAAAAAGACGUAUUUGCUGUACAACAGCAGUAAGAAGUAAUCAGGAUGUGUCACUUGCAUUGAAGGGGGUAGCUUUCAAGGUGGAAGUUGAUUGUAGCCAUGGCUGUAGAGAUACUGAGCUUAGGAGAUUCAUUUUCAGGGGUGACGAGGGUUCAAUCUCCCUCUGCCGUCCCUGUAUCUUAGGUCUGACACGAGUCGAAACUGAGGGUUGUGAACGGCGAUGGUUUGAGGCAUGACGCUGACGGGAGGCAGAGUAUUCUCACAGUUGAAAUCAUGGAGAUGCAAGGCAAUCUGGCCAGGUGAAAUCCAGGUGAAGAUGGGGAUGUGGGUGGGGUUUUACAGGCCUGGCAGUUGAAUAAGGUAGCAGAUAGGCAUUGCCAUCCCAUAACCAAGUUUCAGUGAAUCACAGACUUUUGACUAUGGCUCCUGCUCUUUCUGCCAAAACAAGCGAGGUGCAGCCACGGCAAGGAACGGCAAGAUGAGCACUGCUGAGGUGGUUCGUAAGGUGUGGAACAGCCUCAGAAAUAUGUGCACUCUUUGAAGUUCCAGAAGGCUGCGUGUGCCAGCGCAAGUUGGUGGAUGAAAUUGAGUGAAGUAGAGUUCUUCAUUCAAGAAACCUCUUGAGCUGUUUGGUGGAUAUAGGUCUUGGAGAUGAAAGAGCUGUGGAAGGAAAGGCUGAGGACAGAGACUUAAGAGACUUGCCAUGCCAGAUGGCAUUCUGGUUGUGUGAGGAACUUGAGAAUUUCCUGGCGAGCGAUGGAUGGAUGAUGUGUCUAACAUGGUGGUGAGAUUGGGUGUUGUGGUAGCCACCAGGGCCAAUGGCAUAUGGUUGAUGUCAUGACCUUUCAGAGGAAUGAAGGUGGGACGGAAGGAACAGUGGAUGGAUGGUGUGAAGGAUGUGGUGAGAGUGGUUUAUCGUUGUGGCGGCCCGUAUGUGAUUUCUGGUACUCAGCAGAGUGGAGGUGGGAGAAUCUCCGAUUUGCAUGUGGGAUCUUCUUGGCACUAUUGAAGCUUUCAGAUCCAUGAUGUGUUAUGGAGAUGGCGGCAGCGCGUCUUCGAUUUCUGCACCCAAGUCAACAUUCUAAUGUCAGCAACUGCAGUCUGGACUGGUGAGUUAGUGUAGCCUGUGGAAGGUGGUGGAGCAGUCAAAACCCCACCAUUCAUUUAGAUGGUGGCGUGUGGUGAAGUUUAUGUUUUUCGCGUGGGAACUUGGGAAGUGAAUGCCAGUACUCUUGGAAGGUUCAGAACUAGUGGGGCUAUAUGACAGGAAAUACACAGGAGGACCUGAUUGGAAUGUCGAUGGUGCCUAGCAGGGAGAGAGUUUGUCGAAAUGAGGUCUGGUAGACGCCAUCCACCAUAUUCCAGCACAUUUGUGAUUGCUGGCAUGGCAUGCAGCCAGCCAAAGUGAAGGGCGUUCGUGGCUCAACCCCUACUGUCUUCGGGGACUCUUCCCUGUGCAGUGGAACACAGGGUCAUCUUAUCUGUGUUUGGGCUGAAUAUCGAAUACAGAUACAAUGACCCCGUAUUCUGUCUGGGAGAGACGAUAGGCUCAGUCGGCUAGCUGGUGAACCUACGACUGCUCUUUCGCGUUGCGGAUGUCCCCAGGUUGUCAUCUUAGUGUGCGCCCCCCCCCCCCCCUUAUAUGGGUGAGGUUUUAUUUGCAGCAGAUCGGCGUUCCAACCAAGUACUCUUUGACGAGAGCCAUUCGUCUCUGCCAUGUAUUAUGUGCAGCAGCGAGCUCUCAUUAACAUGCAACAACUGUUUGUGCAUGUAACAACAAUGGCUUGCUUUUCUGAAUACCUAAGGUGAUGAUCGGUCCAAUCUAAUGGCACUGUACGUUGAAGUUGUGGACAUCAUGGAAUUCAUAGGGGAGGCAAGAUCGCUCUGCCACAUGAUC